CAGAAAAAGUUAUUCAUUUCUAUCAUGAAAAAUUCGGCCAUGGUAAUCGAGAGACGGUGACAAAUGAGCUACGUCAAAGGUUCUGGAUUCCGAACAUCCGCGCCGCUGUGCGCCAUGUUAUGAAUGAGUGUACGUGGUGUAAAGUUCAUCGAUGUUGUCCUCAAGUUCCUAUAAUGGCGCCACUCCCAGUACAACGUAUUACACCACACCACCGACCUUUCUACUCGGUGGGUAUAGACUACUUAGGACCAAUUGAAGUAACUGUUGGACGUAGAAAGGAGAAGCGAUGGGUGGCCGUAUUCACCUGUCUUGCAGUUCGUGCAGUACAUUUAGAAGUUGUCGCAAGUCUAUCAACACAAUCCUGCUUAAUGGCCAUUCGGAGAUUCAGUUGCAGACGUGGGGUUUCGAGAGAGAUUUUCUCGGACAACGCGACGUGUUUUAAGGGUGCAGACAAUGAAAUGCGAAAAAUUCAUCUCGAAUGCGCAGAGAACGUUUCUAGUGCAGCGACAGCGUGGCAUUUUAUCCCUCCGGCUACGCCACACAUGGGUGGAAUAUGGGAAAGGAUGGUAAGAUCAGUGAAGGAAGCAUUGAAGACGUUAAACAAUGGGCAAACCCUGUCAGACGAAGUUCUGUCGACGACACUCGCUGAAACUGAAGAUAUGAUCAACACACGACCAUUGACAUAUGUGUCACAAGAGGAUGAUGUCGAGGCGAUCACUCCGAAUCAUUUUCUACGUGGAUCGGUUACCGAUGCGGACAUGAUAACUCAAAGCGAGGUAGAAAUGGCCGAGGCUUUGCGUAAUGCUUACAAGCGAUCUCAACGACUGGCGAAUCAAAUGUGGGAAAGGUGGUUGAAGGAAUAUCUACCGACGAUCAACAAACGUACCAAAUGGUUCGAAGAGCAAAAACCGUUACAAGUAAAUGAUCUAGUGUUCCUUGUCGAUGGAAAACACAGAAAAGGUUGGGUCAGAGGAAUCGUUGAAGAAGUGAUACGGGGUUCAGAUGGAAGAGUGAGACAAGCGAUGGUUCGCACGACUCGCGGGGUGUUUCGUCGCGCAGCUGCUAACAUAGCGGUGAUGGAGAUCAGAUAGUAAAUCCUGGUGUUGCAGGAACUACAGGAUGUUACGGGCAGGGGUAUGUUAACACCGCUAUCGUACCCACCGUGUCCACCAACACUGCUACAUACAAACGGAACAAGCCUGCCUGAGUUUCGUUGCCGAUUUACAUCGUCUGCUUAGAAAGGAGGAUAAAGAAUGAAUUGAUAGAAGAAAAGAUGAAGAAAUGUAAACAAAUCUGCCAUUAGGAUUGAAUUAGAUGCGUUGAAUUUAUAAAAUCUUAUACUGUGAAUUAUAAGUGCCAGUAAACUAUCUUGUGCUUAGGAUUGUGGAAUAUUUGCAUCCAACUGUUCAUCUCGGUGAUCGCCUUAUAUCGUAACUGAAAAGAAAAGAAAUCAUAAUUAAUUGCGGCUUGGAAAGUAUCCGAUACAAAAAGAAACCAGGAUCGAGUAGAAAGG